AUGGGCAGCGCCGGCAAGAUCAUGAGGACGGCGCUGCAUGCCUUCUUCCGGCACUACCACCCGGCGUCCUCCGCGGCGUCGCUCCUCGCGCUGCCCUUCUCCGCCGCCGCGCUCCUCUCGCGCUCGCACCCGGCACUGCUCGCGCCGUCUCAUUUCCUCUCGCGGCGCCUGCGCCGGGUCCUAGUCGCCGCGGGGUUCCCGCCGGCGUCCCAGCUGCUCUUCCUCCUCAGCCACCGACUGUCCCAGCGCGCCUGCGCCUUCAUCGCCUCCCUGCCGUUCUCGCUCUCGUUCCUGCUCCUCGCCAAGGUCGUCGCCGUGCAUUGCUGCUCCUGCUCUGAGCAACGACAGCGGCAGCGGCAUCGACGCGCGCCGCCGGCGAUUGUCGUCGGACAGCUGGUGCGAUCAUCGUACCCGGCGAUGGCGCGGACGCAGCUCGUGAACUGCCUCGCGCUGCUCCUCGCCAACGCUGCCGUGUUCGCCGCGCUGCUCGCCGCGUUCAACGCCGCGGAGGCGCUGCACCUGCUGGGCAUUCCCUCCGGCUCCGGCUCCAACGGAGGCGGCAGCGGCAGCAGGGCCGUACUCGCGCUCUCGGCGGUCGGCGUGAUCGUCUACUCCGUGGCGCUCGCCAACGCCGCCGCGGUGUGCAACCUGGCCACGGUCGUCGCGGCUGCCGAGGGCCGGGGCGGCGUCCGCGCCAUGCUCAAGGCGCUCCUGAUGCUCCUCCGGGCCGGCGACGCCGCCACCGCCGUCGCAGCGUCCCUGCCAGCCAGCCUCGCCGCCGCCGCCGUUGAGGCGCUGUUCCAGCUCAGGGUGAUGCGGCCGUACACGACCACCGGCAAGGUGACCGCAGGAAUGCUCUUCGAAGGGCUUCUCGUCGCCUACAUCCACGCCAUGAUUUGUGUCCUUGACACUGUCAUCACCAGCAUGGUCUACCAGACCUGCAAGGUCAGCCAUUCUUGUGACCUCUUGGAGCUGGAGCUGGAAGGCAAGGACGACUUGAGAGUCUGA